GCGCGCGGCGUUGACGUCAAAAUCACGCGUCACCCUUUAUUCAGCGGUCGCCAGGGAAACUCGUCCAUUCAGUGUUUUCAAGCAGUGUCUUCCGGACCGUGCCAGAUCACUUCCGGCGGAGGAGAAUAGUGAGUUGGCAGAGCAACGCUGACAGAAUGUUUCCUAAAAUGAUCACUCAGACUGCUGCGAAGGACUGGAUUAACAGACGUCGUGCGCAUAUCCGCCCGUGGAGGAAUUUUGUGGAUCAGCGGCGUUUCUCUCGCCCUCCCAACUUCGGAGAACUGUGCAAGCGUAUGACAAGGAAUGUUGAGCAUUUUCAAAGCAACUAUAUAUUUAUCUUCCUUGGACUCAUCUUGUACUGCAUAAUCACCUCUCCGAUGUUGCUGAUCGCUUUAGCUGUGUUUUUUGGAGGUUGUUACAUUAUUUACCUGAGGACUCUGGAGUCGAAGAUGGUUUUGUUUGGACGAGAGCUUAGCACAGCAAAUCAGUAUGGCUUGGCGGGUGCUGUGUCAUUCCCCUUUUUCUGGCUUGCAGGAGCAGGUGCUGCUGUCUUCUGGGUUAUUGGUGCCACGCUUGUUGUGAUUGGGUCCCACGCAUCUUUUCAUGAGAUUGAGGGAGAGGUUGAAGAAUUGCAGAUGGAACCCGUGUAACUGUCUUACGCCGUGGUCACCAUUGAAACCCCGUGGAAGUGCAGUUCUCUGGGACUUUUAAACCCUGACUGAUUUGUAUCUCACUGCUUUGUUCCUUUUCCUGCUUUUGGUUUACCCCCUUCCCGGCUUGCACUUCGGCAGCAGGUUUUGCACAAGUAUUUCUGAAGGUCAGUAAAUCCUCUCUGUGAGGUGAAACAGAGCAAAUAAAAUCCCAUGAGAUUUUAUAUAUGCACAAUGGAAGAGUGGAAAAGACAGCUUGGACACAGGCUGCAAGCCAUUGAAGAAAUGGAAGGAUUCAGUGCUUAAUACUCGUAAUCUCAAUUUGUAAACUUUACUGUUUAUGUGAUCUUGUAACUGAAGUAAUAAACUUGUUAUAUAAGUACUA